AGCGGAUUAGUGCGCGCAGUGAGACAAGAGAGCAACUUGGCGCGCAAAGGCAAAAGAGCUGCCCAUCACGCGUGGAGAGAACCGCAUUUGUCGUACAGAACAGCGAAAUGCAGCGGCAGCCCCGCAGCGAUGGCAUGACCCACUGAGACCAUGCUGACCGGCCUCGACGGCGACCUGAGAGCCCUCGCCGCCGAGUUAGAACAGGCCCAGGACGCGGUCAAGGGCGAAGUGGCCACACUAACGGAAGAACUCAUCGCCGCGAAACUACUCAUAGCCGAGAAGGAGGAGAUCAUAGAAAGGCUGCGACGCGAGGCGCGCGCGCCGAAGAUAGAAGAAGACGCGACGGCGGACGAGCUGAGGGCGCUCCUCGCGUCGGAACGGGCCCAUCAUAAAAAGCAGUUGGACGACGCCCACGCGCGAUUAGCGGAGGUCGUCCCUCUACCGAUGUCGUCGCCGGACUCGACGCGCGACCUGUCGACGCCGCGCUUUAGUCCGGACAAGCAGAAGGGCAAGAUGUUCUCGCGCGCGGUCACGAAGGCGUCGACGCUGAAACAGCGCGCCAGGGACGCCUACAAAGCACGGAGGAAAGUAGUAGAGAUGUCUAUUGAUCAACUCCUCGCGAACGCGCCGCUCUUCGCUUCACUAUCAAUGGAGGAAAGAACGGACCUCGCCGACCAGUGCAUCGCCGCCGAAUUCAGGAAAGGUGAAGUUAUCAGUCAAAUGGGCGACUACUCGGACCAGAUGUGUCUGGUAGCGCGAGGCGCGGUACGAUUAAGCGUGGAGGGCACCGAGGUCGCGGCGGUCGAGCCGGGCGGGUCCUUUGGGGACGAUUCGUUGAUGCACGAUCUGCGACGGUCGUCGACGGCGACGGCUUCGACUGAUAUCGUGAAGCUCGUUUGCGUGCCGCGGCGGGCGCUGCGGGAGGUUUUGAGAGGUGAACGAGAUACACGGAGUUUGUGGGACGCCUACCGGUCAUACGAGGAGUCUCUGUUGAAAAGAUUAGUGCAGGACGUCGAAAGCGCCAAGACGCGCCAGGAAUACCUCAUAGCUCUGGGGAGGCACCGCGCGACGGCGUCGUUGAUUCCCUUGGAGCCCACAUCAAAGAUGCUGCAGCGGGGCGGCAAAGAUGCAAGACGCAAGCAGUUCAUCGUGGACCUGCGAAGGGAGUCGUCGCUCAUCGUCAAUAAUGAGAGGUACCCGCUGGAUGAUGAAACGGACUUCGAGGCGUUCAUGAGCUUGUUGGAGGGGCUGGCGCAUAAGGCGGCUUCCGCACCGGUCUCGAAUGAUAGGAGCGCCGUGCAGCUGCCCCCGUCGCUCGUCGGGUUCUUGCCGUUGUUGUUUGCCGAGGACGCCGAGCAUGUCGAGGAUAAUGUGCAGGAACGCCGCGAGGCGGACCCCGCCCGCGUCGACUCUAUAUUGUUACAGUUGCUGGCGUCGUGCUCGCGGACGACGUCAGGUGGCGAGUCCUUCGCGCGCUGCCACGAGCUGUUUGGCUCUGGAGAUGUGGUGGUAUUGACGCCCUCGCCCGAGCUCACGUCGCCGACGCGAAUAAGGGUAUUACGCGACGACCUCGUCAUGCUCACGUCCACAAAUACCUAUAGGGUGCAGCACGCCGACGAGCGGAAGAUCGUCCGGGGCACGGGCUACUCGACGUGGUGUUUGCUCGUGACGUCCGUCGUGGAGGUCCUGGAUUUGAGCGACGAGGAUGGGUCCGUGCGCCACAUGUCCAUCUCGUUCUACCACCCGGGCGCGGAGAACGCGAUUCGGAUGCAGGCGGAGGACUCGCCUUUGUCGCCGUCGCGGGACCUGUCUGCGGCCGCGUCCCGCGAGGAGGCGGCGCCCCUGUGAUUUAUAUAAGAGAGGAUAG